UCACACAUAUGACUUUCAUAUAUUCACAGUCGUUAAUUCAUCACUUCAGGAGUUUAUUACGAACCAACAUAAAAACCAGCUCCCAGUUGGCCUUUUAGCUGAGUUGGUAGAGCACUGAACAAAGGAGUUUUGAAUCCCAACUUUUAAAUUUACUUCUCGAGUCUGUGAAGAAAAUUUGUCAACGAACUGAAUCAUACCUCUUUGGUUCGGGCCUGAGAAACGAGUAUGUAUAACUGCUCGGUUACUAAGCAUUUCAAGAUGGCGGAUGGUACAGCAAGUUUACUUCUAUGAUUCAUAGUCAUGCCUGAAAAUGUGGUUCCAAACUUUGAAGACGAGGCAUUCCGUUCGUUCAUUUUCUACGGAAAAUAGUCAAGGGUUAGUGCUAGGACUGGAAUACACAGACCGGAAAACAGAAAUACAUGCUUUGAAGAAAGAAACACCACCUUUAUUACUGGAGGAAGGAGUAAGUACAGUAUUUGCAACGCAUGAAAAUGGAGGAAUGUCAUUGUUAGGGAUUUCUCAUUCCGGGAAAGGAAAGUCGUGCAUAGAGAUCAGAGCUUGGGAUGUCAUGAGCUCACUUGGAUUUACUGCAAAGGAGAUCCUGGUUCAAGACCUUCAGAGGAAUACAAUCAAUGAUGGCAAAUUUAAAGCUAUUAUCAGUCUUCCAGAGAGCUUAGGAACACACCUUUUUCUUAAGAUGGCAGUUCUGAACAACUUUGUAUCACUAGCUGUAUCAUCAGGAUUGAUAAUUUUAUGGCGAUGUAGAAAGGUGGAGAAUCAAGCAAUUAGCCUUGAGCUAGUUUCUAUGAUGACAUCAGCUACAAACAUUCAUGAUGUAGCACUGGUUUUUGAUGAAAAUAGCACAGAAAAAGGUCCCCCAUUGUUAGUAGUUGGUGAGUCAGGAGGCAUCAGGCUUUAUUCAGUCAUCCAACACACAGAUGUAACGUCUGAGGAUAGUGACAUGAAAUUUUCAAGCACACAUAUUCCUUUCCCUUCAUCGGAUGUUGGUAACACUGUGCAAGAAAUCCAGAGUGUAUUGCCAUACAGUUGUGUAUUGUCUGACAGCUCUGGUCGACUAUGGUACCUUCAUCCUCCCAAUCUGCAAGAGAUUCUGUUACCAAGCAGUCAAGGUGGCCAUGGUGUUUUUGCUGUCCAAAUGAAAGAAGGCCAAGCAGAAGGAUGGCUUGCAACCGUUGAUCAAGGCCAAACUGUUAACCUGUAUAAGAUGAGCGAUGUUAUAAAGAAAACAGAUGCAGGAGUGAUUACACAGCCUUGGCAUGUAGUUUUAUCACAGCACUCCAUUAGCACAAUUUCAUUCAUUGAAGACAAUGUACUUGCUGGUGGCUCAAAUUCUCUGAAAUCCAUGUCACUGUGGGUGGGAGUCGACCGUAUUGGGUCAACCAAAAAAACCGAAAGUGGCUAUACUUAAUCUACUGAUCCAUUAAAUUUGUAGGAUAUUUAGUUUUCUUGUACCAGCAGAUUUACUUCAUCACGCUUCAUUCAAGGUUGUUUAUCGUUUUACCAUGUCGUCAAGUGAAACAUUACGCACUGUUUUUCUUACAUAAUCCAUACAUACACCUUGUUUAAAUGUGGACAUAUUUACAUUUAGCUACAAGCUAAGUAGAGACAUUUCAUCAAAAUUGCUUUAUAUGUAUCAAGAAAUAUUAUUAAACAUCUACAUAUAUUCA